AUGGAGAAAGUGGGACGUUUUCGGAGCCCACGUCACUACUUUGGAUCCGGGCUGGUGAAGACUAUCGAGAUGCACGUAUUUGUGGAUGCGAGUCAGUCGGCAUUCGCAUCAGUGGUCUACUGGAGGAUCACGUAUGAGGACGGCGACGUGCAAGUGAAGUUCGUGUGCGCAAAGACGAAGUGUGCACCGAUGCGAACGAUGACGAUUCCAUGGUUGGAGCUGCAGGCAGCAGUUCUAGGAAUGAGGUUGAUGGACACAGUCAGGCAGCACCAUAGUGUGGCCAUUGCAGAGACUGUGCUAUGGACGGAUUCGAAGACAGUGCUGCGUUGGAUUGGCAGCACACACAGGCGCUACAAGCAGUUCGUAGGGAACAGAGUAGCCGAGAUCCUGGAGUCAACGAAGGUGGCCCAUUGGAGAUGGCUACCAUCCGCCGACAACGUGGCAGAUGAUGCAACUCGGGCGCAACGCAGCGUGGACCUAAGCGAGGAGUCACGCUGGUUAAGAAGACCGGCAUUCCUGAGGAGACCAGCGGGCAGCUGGCCAGGAACUGCACCCACCGACGAAGGGGAUGCAGAAGACGAAGAGGAGAUGCCGAGUGAGUUCGUGCUUGUUGGCGCGAGUGACCCGUUUAUAUCGCUGCAGAGAUUUUCAAGCUACAGGCGAUUGCUGAGGACUACGGCCUGGGUCCUAAGGUUCAUACGUCAAUGCCGUGAACAACGAGAUGAGCUGGAGAACUACGGCCUCUCUGUAGCUGAGUGUGAAGCAGCUGAGGACUUCCCCGAUGAGGCGUUCCCCGAUGAGAUGCAGCCCGCAGAGAAGGGCCUGGACGUCGCUAAAAGAAGCGACAUAUGUGGACUGGCGCCAUACCUAUAUGCCAAUGGAGUCCUGCGAGCGUAUGGCAGGAUUGAUGCGGUGCUAUGCAUACCGUACAGCGCCAGGAGGCCGGUGAUCCUCUCCCACCGGCACGGUCUCACGGGGAUGAUUGUGCGCGACGCCCAUGUGAGGAUGAAGCAUCAAAACCUGGAUGCUACGAUGGCGGAGAUCCGGACCAGGUUCUGGAUUACGAGACUGCGGAGAGAGCUUCGUAGUGUGAUCUCAGGAUGCAGCGAGUGUAAGCUGAGACCCCUGCCAGAGGAUCGUUUGGACGCCAAUGGCUGGCCGUUUAAGAGCACGGGCCUCGACUACUUUGGACCACUGCUAAUGACCGUUGCUCGGCACCAAGAGUAA